AUGAAACAAUUGCUCCCAAGUCAUAAAGCUUAAUCUCUUAUUAGAAUAACAUAGACUGGAUGUUCUAAGUAAUCGCCGGUAAAGGGAAGGUCGAAUUAGAGAAAUUAAAGUUUACCUGGAUUUCCAACCUAAUAAAUUGAGAAGGAAGAUGAUGAAGAAGUAAAUAGUAUGUUAAUUUAGACAAAAGAAAUAAAUAAAUUAGUACAAGAUUAAGAACUAUGUUCAUUAGAAUAAAUAUAAGAUAAAGGAAGAUCAUAUUUAAUUGAUAAUCAGCAUUAAGUAUUUGAUAAUCAUUUACAAUUGAUUAAACCUAAUCUUCCAAAUGCUAGUGAGUAGGGUUUAAGAAGAUAUUAUCUGAAGUCAGAACGAUAUAAGGAAAUGUAGCAAUUUUAUCAUGUUGAUAAAAAUAUAUAUGGAAGGAUGAGUGAAAAGAUAUAAACAGAAAGACUGAUGCCAAGAACGUUAAAAUUAUUAGCAGAGUCUCCUGAUAAAUUAGUAGCAAAUAAUAUAUUUGGAAGUGAUAAAUAUGUAUAAUUAUUUGCUGAAGGUAUCAGCAGCUCUCAUUUUAAUAAUUUAAAGAGAUUAUAAUUAAGAAAUAAUAAGCUAAACAAUAAUCGAACUUGCCUCUUAACAUAGAGACUUCCCAAUUCUAUCAUAGAAUUAGAUUUUAGCAAUAAUAAAAUUGGUACAUCAGGAGUUUAGAGCAUUUGUAAUUAUAUAUCUUCUAGAAAUUAUAAUAUUCAGCAUUUAAAUUUGGAGGAUAAUAAUCUUAAAGAUCUUGCAGUCUUAUCUAUACUUAAAACUUUGAAUGAUAGCAAAUCUAUUAGAGUUUUGAAGCUUUCUAAGAAUUAGAUAACUGAUUUACCAAUGGAAACAUUUGGAUAAUUACUUAAGAAGGUAUUGAAUCAGUCAUAUAACAGAACAAUUCUUUAUAAGAAGUGUAUUUGCAUUUCAAUCUGAUUAAAAAUCCUGGAGGGUUGACAAUCAUGAAGGGUUUGAUAAAGAAUUAAUUUUUGAAGGUUUUAGAUCUUUCAUUUAAUAAAUUAGGACAAAAUUAAGAAUUUGUAUAAGCAUUAUCUGAGUAAUUAUUAUUAUUAUAAUAUAUUGUAGUGUUAUAAUUAAACCUCAUCCAGAAUUAACUCAUUUAGAUUUAUCAUUUAAUAGAUUUAAUGAUGAUGAUGCUAUGGUAAUACAUAAAGCCCUUAUAUAUAAUUAAUAAUUAUUUGGGUUUCAUUUUUCUGGUAAUCCUCAUAAUUAUUAUGUGAAUCCCAGAUCAUUUUUAGUGAAGGAAGUAAUGUAUGAUGAAAAUAAAUCAGAUCCUAAACUUUUUAAAAGAAUUAAUAGCGUAAAUUGCAUAAACACUAAAACUAAAGAAAACUGUUGGAUUUGUGAAGGCUGGGUAGAAAUUGGAUUUCAUUACUCUGGAAUUGAAUAUCAACAUCCAAUAUUUUUACAUCUUGAUUUCGAACAAUAUAGACCAAUUUUAAUGAAUUAAUAAACUAAUAGCUAUUAUCUUUAAAGAAUGUGUCCACCUAAUAAAAAAAUUCACUAUUUUUUUAGCAAUCCUAUUUAUGAUGUAAGAUUUGUAGCUAAAGAUCAAAAGACUUUAACUCUUGAUAUUAAUGAAGAAAUAAGAAAAAAAGGAAUAGAUUUAUAAUAUGCUGAUGGUUCAUCAGUUUUAGUGUAAUUAUCUAUUGUUAAUUAUAUUCAUUCAGAAUAGAGUCGAAAUAUUAUUGAUUCUUCUAGACAUUACAUGGCUAAUAUUACAUGUAGACCCAGAGAAUCAGAAUCAAUCAUUGAUAUUGAUUUCAAUAAAGCUAAAAAAAGAGUUUGGUCUUAUGAAAAUUCAAUUUUUAAAGAUUUUUAACCAGAUACUGAAGGACAUCUUUUAGAUUGUUUUGAAUUUGACUUUGAAUGUGGAAAAUUGAUUAAACAUUUGUAAAACUAAUAGGAAAUAGAAUAAUUGAAAAAUAAAAUGAAAAAGAUAUACAAAUACAUUAUUGGUUGUUAUCAUUAUUUUUGUGCUAAAACUCUAAAUUAUGAUAUACCAUGUAUCAAUUUAUAAAGUUUUUUGGAUUUUAUUUCUUAAACAAGUAUUCUUGAGAAAUCAUUAAUGAAUUCUUUAGAUCUAUAAUUAACAUUUCUAUCAAGUUAUGUAGUGGUGAAAUAAAACAAUUAUAUUCAUAUAUAGGAAAAAUGUUUAGUGAGAUUUUAAUUCGUUGAAAUAAUAGUAAGAUUGGCUAAAGAAUAAUAUAUUAGAACAGGAUUAGCCAAUAAUAUGGCAGAAGCUUUAGAAUUGUUAUUUGAAUAAGAUGAAGUAUUGCAAUUUAUGUAAAGAUUUGGGAUUUCUUAAGAUUGGAGAGAUACUCGUUAUUGGACUGAAUUAAUGGAUUAUACAAUUAGAAUUAAGUUGCCUAUUCUUAAUAUACUAUAUGAGAAUGCUUGUAAAUAAACAAUGAAACAUGGAAAUAAAUUUGUAACAUUGGCAGAUUUUAAGUUAUUUGUAGAUCAAUUUGAACUACAAAAAUACAUAUCUGAAAAAGAAUUAUAUUUGAUAUUUCUUUAAAGUAUGUAAACCUAAAGAGAUGAAUUAAGAGAAUCUAAAUUUUUAAAGAUGGAAUUAUUAGAAUUCGUAGAAGCUAUAACAAGAUUAGCAGAAAGAAUUUCACCAGUUACUCCAAUGUAUGCUAAGAAACAUAGUAAUUUAAUAAAUGAUGUUUCAAGAAGAACUUUUCCUUUAUUUGUAAAGUUUGAAGGAAUAAUCAUUGUUAUGUAUUAGAAAUUGAAAUCUAUUUUUGUUGAAAUACCAAACGUAGAAAAAGAAAUAAUCUAUAAAACAGUCAUAAAAACAGAGAAAGCAAGAAAAUUAGGAAUUUAUGGUAUAAAAUUAGUAUAAUCAUUAAAUAGAGGAAGACAAUAGUUCUGAUGAAGAGAAAAUCAAAUCCAUAAAAAACUUAAAUCUUCUUCCAGAUGAAGGAUUACUACCUCCACCAUAAUAAUCUGCUGGAUGGAAUAAACUUAGAUAAUGGGCUUCUAAAUAAAAGAGAAUUUCUAUGGAAUCUGCCAACAUCUUAGAAUAAUUAGAAAGAUAUUAGGUUAAAGAGGACGAGAUGUUUUAAAAAUAAGGAGAUGCUAUUUCUGGAUACGAUCGAUAUAAGAUUACUUAAGAAAAAAAGAAAAGAGAAGAAUAUAAAAAAACAAUCCUAUACUAAGAUCCUUAAUUCAAAUUCGAACAGGAAUUGUCUAAUUGA